AUGGUGGAGCAAAUGGCAGGCUGUGCGCAACGGUUCCUUUUGACGAUCCUGUUGGUGCUAUUGACUGCAGAGAUGGCCUUGCUGUCCACAUUUGCAAGGCGUCGCAAAGUGAGACAACCUGCUGUUUGGAUGCGCAUUGUGCUCUUUGCCACCCUCCUGCAGGUGAACCAGGCUGUACAAACCAGCGGCCCAAGCAAAAGAGCAGGCGGACCCCCAGACCGCUGUCCUAGGCCCACGGACUUGCAGUUAUGGAUGGAUGGCCAGACUACCCUGCGGGAACAGCUUGCGCAGGCCAUUGAAAGAAAUGUUUUGGAAAGGCCGCUCCUUAGUGGAGGUCACACAGACCCUGGAGGACCGCGGCGACACCCAGAACCCCACGAGCCUGAACUGCCAGCAGAAGUCGAGAACGAUGACAUGCAUUGGAUCAAUGAGCAGGAGGAGCGGGCAGUACACGUCUCCUUCUGGAUAGGAUCCCCGAUGUACGAGCCGGUCUCCCUGGACGUGGCCAUGGCAUUUCCAUUGGAGGUCCAGCACAUCUAUGAGGUGAUACAAGAAUCUCUGUUGGACCUUCCAACUGAGAUACUGCGGUUUACGACCGCCGUCACCCCGCAGAUCAAUGAGGCGUUCGGCAGUGUCCUUGUAUUGCCUGACUGGCUGCCCAUGUCGGGCCAGUAUGCCACCGUCCUCGACGCCAGAUCCAUAGACAAAGGACUCUCUUGUGUCUACCUUGAAGGCCCGGUCACACAAAGGCUGAUCAUGUACCAGCUGGGCCUGGAGACUAUAGAUGGGACAGCUAUCUAUGCUUAUGGUGCCCUACAGCCUUUGGGGCCCGAAGAGCAGCUGCCACCGCGACAAGCUGGACUCAUCCAGGUGCUGGCUGCCGGAGCGGUUGUUGAAUGGGCCUCUGAACUCGAGGAGCGGCUCCUUGAGCCAGACAGAUGGCGGCCGUCAGAAGAGCACCCACAGCAUAAGCCCGGCCGCUACGUCGACUUCCAGACCUUUGACAAACACCACCUGCACCCGCUUGGCAGGCAAGCACCAUUGCCUGCCCAGCAGAUCGCGGCGGAGGCGUUCGACCUCGAGCCAGAAAGUCUUUGGACAUGCCCCCCGGCGGAAAAGCCCCGCCGCCUGUAUGACCAAGGACGGCGAAUACAUUCGAUUAUUGCCGUUGUCGAUAAGAACGAAUUCCCGUCGGAGGACUUCCAAGUCGUGUUCCUCGACCUACGGCCAGUCGGACUGGCGAUGCAAUGGACUACAGUGCAGCAGCGGAAGUUUGAGCCAGGGGACUACUUGGAGAGCCUCUUCCUCCCCUAUGUAGAGGGUUACUCCCUCGUGGUUCACGGGGGGAGAAGGAGGGGCCACAGUGCAACCCUCUCCAUUUACAAUGGAGAAACCCUCGAAGUGGUGCUGCGACACACUGCAGACCUGACACCCAGCCCAGAGCCUUCCGAGCAUGGGGAUGCAGAUACGGAUGAUGACAGCUCGGGAGACGAAGAUCACUCCGGACCGGGGAUCCCUGAUUCCAGUGAUUUUAGCUCUGGUUCACCACCGAGAGGCCCCGGGCCGUAUGGCCCACCCCCGCCGCAACCUGUCCGGCGAGAAAGGAGCCGGAGCCCCAGACAGCACAAUGGUCGAACGGAACAAGACCAUAUGCUUGCGGCAACAAGUGCCAGGAAAGAGGGCCAGGCGCAGCUGGAGCUGUUCAAGCUCACACAACCGAGUGGUCAAAAUGAAACGCUGAUGGCGGGCCCACGGCUGCCGGUCUACACCCCAUCCGUUGACCUGACUGUCGACCGCCUACAGCUACCGCAUGGAGAUGGCACCCUUGACGCGUUGUUCAACACAUGGUCGAUUGAGUGGAUGCAGUAUGAUAUCAGCUGCUUACCACUUAAGGAAGCCACCAAGAAGGGACUGGACAAAGCAGUCCACUGGAGCCAAAUCCUGCGAUGCCCUCAAAACCAGGAGGGAGUGGAAGUCCAACUCUACGCCGACGGCUCCUACCACCCGGGGAGAAAACGCAGCGGCUAUGGAGUUGUCAUCGUGCUCAGGUAUGCCCACUUGGUAGCACUAUUUGGGAUCAUCGGCGGCCAGAUCCUUGGUGACCCCCAGAACCCCUGGCCGUGGGACAAUGCACCCGCGCUACAAGCGGAAUUUGUUGCGCUUGCGGUUGCCCUGCUAUGGUUGGGGCAGAGCGUUGGCUUCCUCAAUGUGCAAUCGGCCGCAAUCUACUUCGAUUGUCAAGCGGCGGGGUACGCCACGGAUGGAACCUGGCGAGCCCCGAAUCCACUCGCGCAACAAAUCCAUGGCCUGGAGCUGCUAGUCCAGCAGCGGGUAUGCCACAAUUUGCGCAUGGGGUAUGUCAAGGCCCAUCAAGGUGAUGAGUGGAACGAGUUUGCGGAUGUGGUGGCGAAACAAGGAGCAAUGGAUCCACAUGGACUUCCUGCGCUACCAGCCGAUGUCCGGGAUGCAUUUCUUGCAGCGGAUCUUACUUGGGCGGCAACAGAGCACUACGCCCAGGCAUACCACUCAUGGCCUGGAGAAGACCCCGGUGCCAUUAUCAUCCCGGAGGAGAAGGAUCGGCGGCCCUCGCCCCUCCAGGGCACAGACCUGCUGCCCCUGACCAACGGCGCCAUCCGGCAGGAUGCAGAUGACUUCGCAACGCAUGCCCUGUCCGUCAACAUCCAGGGCCUACGUGGAAAAUACAAAUACCUGGAGGAGCAACUUCAUUGGCGGCGUUGCCAAGUGGCAUUCAUCCAGGAAACCAAGGAUGAGGGUGGCACUUGCCACAGCAAGCAGUAUUUACGCGUUGCAACCCCAGCGGAAAGACACUGGGGCGUCGCAAUCUGGCUCCACAAGGAAUAUGGGGCUUUCACCACCAGCGGUGCCCCACUACGAGUCGAUGAGGUGGACCUAUGCAUCGAGGUGCAGAACAAGCAGCUGUUGGUGGUUCAGAUAUGCCGCGGGACACAGCGAAUAAUACUGUUUUCUGGUCACUGCCCCCAUGCGGGACGGCAACAGGAGAGGCUAGAAGUUCUGGCCCUCUUGUCUCAGUGCCUGCAAAAGCACCGCGACUCGGCUAUUAUCAUUGGGGGUCUGGAUGUCAAUGGCCGCCUCCCUUGUGGCGUUCCGAAUGUCACGGGGCUCUUGGAAUAUGGAGAUGUGGACGAAGCUGGACGACAGGCCAUGAAGGUGUUGGUGGAAUGCGGGCUUUGGGCCCCUUCGACCUAUGUGGAGCUCCACGAGGGUCCGUCUGCUACCUAUCAACACCACAGUGGACAGCUGCACCGCAUCGACCACAUUGUCCUGGGGGGCAAAGCGGCCAUACAUCAGCUACGCAGCAGCGUUGCUGAAGACCUGGACACGGCUACGAAGGGCUGGGACCACUGGGCAGUCGAGGUGAAGCUUGGUGGCUCCAUUGGCCCUGGUGCAGCGAGCCAACGCCUCCGCAGACCGAGGUAUGACAGACACAAAAUGGCCACGCCCGAAGGCAAGCAGCUGGUACGGCAGGCCCUCCGGAAAUAUCAGCCCCUGCCAUGGCAUGAACAUGUGGACGAGCACUACCGCCACUUCCAGCAGUUUGUCAAUGACAUCCUGGAGGAGCACUUCCAAGUGGACCUGACAGGGCCCCGGGCAUCCUACAUCCCGCCGGAGGUGUGGGACCUUAGAGCCAGCAAGCUGAAGCUCAAGAAGGUGGCGAAGCACCGGAGAUACUACUGGCGUGAAUGCCUCCGGGAGGCCUUCCUACAAUGGGCGGACCGCAACGAUGCGGAACAUGCGAGGAAAACUCGGAAGGAAGGCAUUCUCUAUGAACUGGUGGCGACAGCAAUUGGUAUGGCGACAAACACCAUACGCGUGCUGAUUGCCAAGGGCAAGAGUGCCAUGCUCCAAAGCAUUGCUGAACAGGGCCAGGCAACAACUUGCCAGAUCCUACGAAGGGCGAAAGCCUUUGGAAUUGGCGGCCGACAGUACAGGAAACCUACGCGGGAACUACCACUACUGUUGGACGAGAACGGACAGCCUGCCCAUGGCAGAGCAGCACGGGAUGGUAUAUGGUUGCGCCACUUCAGCUCGCAGGAGUAUGGGACCCUGGUGUCCGUGGAGGAGCUAUUGAGGCAAGCACCUGUCACAGAGCAACUCGCAGCCACUGUGGAAUGGCGACUUCAAGACCUUCCCACAAUCUUCGAAAUCGAAGAAGGCAUCCGGCGGAUCCCGAAAGCCAAGGCUAUGGGACUCGAUAUGGUCCCGGGAGAGCUCCUACAGGCCUGCCCGAGCCAGUUCGCACUCACUUUGCAUCCCCUCUUCCUCAAGGCGGCUACAGGUCUGCAACAGCCACUGCAAUGGAGGGGGGGAGUGCUUUACGAAUGCUGGAAACAAAAGGGAUCCUGGAAGGAGAUACAGAACCACCGGUCCUUGUAUAUCUCCAGUGUGGUUGGUAAACUCUAUCACCGACUCUACCGGGACAAGACCCAGCCACAGCUUCAGCAAAUGCUGCACGGCCUUCACCUGGGCAGCAAGCGCAAUGCCCCGAUGGCCUAUGCGGCGCUGUACAUGAUGAGUCACUUCAGAAGAUGCAGACAACAGCGACGAUCAGCUGGAGCCCUGUUCCUCGAUACCACGGCUGCAUAUUAUUCUGUAUUGCGUGAAGUGGCAAUGGGAGAGCUCACCUUUGACACCACGAUAGUACGGCUCUUUCAGCAGUUUGAUUUGCAGCCGGCGGAUAUGGAGGAACUCUGGAGCUUCAUCAAGUCGGGAGGCAUCAUGUGCCUUGAGGGCAUUCCUUCUGGAACGCUCGGAGUUAUCCGCGACAUACAUUGCCGCUCAUGGUUUUCCACGCGACACACCGAUGGUUCCCGCAUCGCCACCUCCAUGGCUGGUAGUAGGCCUGGGGAAUCGUUCGCGGACGCCGUCUUUGCGUACAUCUAUGGCAAGGUCCUGCAAAAGAUCUCUGAUGCCGCAAAGGCGGCGGGGCUCUUUGAGGCACACCUAUACCCCGAAGCCUGUGGAGCUUUUGGAAAAGGUGAUGAAGGGCAGGCCAUCACAGCCCAGGAUGCUACAUGGGCCGACGAUACUGCCUACCCGGUGGAAGCUGAUACGCCGGGGCAGAUGGUGGACAAACUGGCGACGUUGACUACCAUCGUUCUGCAAUCCUGCAGGACGUUUGGUCUGCGACCGAACCUCAAACGAGGUAAAACGGCCGUUGUCAUGGCGAUGGUUGGACGUGGCCUACAGCAAGCUCGAAAGCAGUUCAGUGGCUCCGAGCACCGCAAGCUGCAGCUGCCAGAGCUGGGCGAGGCUGUAUUUAUAGAGCCACAGUAUGUCCACCUGGGUGGUGUCCUGGACAUGCACUCGAACAUGCGCGCAGAGAAAAGAAGACGGCUGGCCCUGGCAACCUCAGCCUACGAUGCCGGCCGCAAGCUCCUCUACCAGAACAGGAGUAUUGACCUGCAAGUGAGGGCGAGGCUGUAUGAGAUCUCUGUGCAAUCAACAAUGCACAAUCUUGCUGUAUGGAUCCCGGAAGGGAAAACAUGGCAACAACUAUGUGACGGAUACUCUCGACUCAUGCGGCGCCUGCUCACGCCAAUGUUCCCUGGAGACAGCCUUUUCCGGGUACCCCUGGUGUUGGCCCACCUACUGACGGGAGGUUGGCGGCUGGAAUUACACGCGAGGAGAAGCCGCCUCAGCCUUCUCAGCGCAAUGGUACGAGAUGGGCCGGCGGCCCUCUGGGCGAUGCUCCAAGCGGAGCAGACGUGGCUUGCGGUGGUACGUCAUGACCUACAGCUUCUGCACCAGUUCGAUAACCAGUGGCCAGAAGCUACGGGAGAGGCGUGGCCUACAUGGAGUUCCCUCAUCCGGGCGGCGCCUAACCGGUUCAAACGGAGCGUCAAGGCGAUGCUGGUGGAACAACACCGGAAGCAGACGGAGGAUGAGAAGAUCCGCGUGGGGCUAUGGGGAUUAUACAAGCGAGCAUGCCAAUCCCUUCCCCGCCAUGAGAUUGAGGAUGAGAAGGCCUGGCAGUGUCGGGGCUGCCGUCGUGGCUUCAAAUCCCGUGGCGGGCUCGGAGCCCAUUUCUUCAAAACCCACGCCAGAACUGCCAUGUACCGCUCAUGUGUUACAGGAACCACAUGUGAUGCAUGCGGGAAGGCUUUCUGGACGCUUGGAAGGCUGUCCACGCACUUGAGCUCUUCACGAAAGUGCGUGAACUGGCUCAGAGCCAAUGGUCAUGUCGUGCCACUGGUUCUGCCUGGCCACGGAAGCCGAGAAUGGCGACGACUCGAAAUAGAGCAGUUCACGUGGGCUGCUAACACACAGCCCCAGCGGGAGCCGCCAGUUGACGAGAUGGACUGGACCUGGUGCCAGCAGACACAAGAUGCCUACAGGGCAUUAUGCGAGCGCCUAACAGGCCAGAGGCAUUGGCGGAAUGAGCAGACGGUGCAGACGGAGAUCUACCAGAUCUUGGCUGGCUAUCCGCUGUACCGCGAAGAGGAGGCCCAAAUCUUCGAGAGGACUGCGGGGGACAUCAGAGACCUACAAGAAGACGACCCGGAAGAUCCAUGGGACAGCGCGUCCUACAGUGUCCUCCUAGCAGUCUUGGAGAAUGGCCCCACCGACGUGGCAGUAACGGAUGGCGCUGCCACGCGCAGCGAUCCGAUGUGCCACACCUUCAAGGAGUUUGAGGCAAUGGUCUCCAACUUCGACUGGGACAAGUUCGCACCCGGCCCCGAGCAAGACAGCGUGACCCCUGAAGGAGUUCUGAUCCGCCUGGAGGAAGGUUGGGAAGCUGUGAAACCUUCCUGUAGUGGGACUCUAGAUGCCGCAGCCGCGGUCACGAGGGCCGAAGGUUUUGUACCCCAAAAGAUCAGGGAUGCGUGGUCUGCCAUGUUGUGUGGCGAGAAGAUCACAGUACAGGUCGCUCCUUCUGUGAUUUCUCUCCACCUCGGCGCUGAGGGCGGGGAAAGCGGUGCUGCCUGCUGGAAGAGGCUCGGAGGGGACAACACCCAAAGCUGCAGCUACCAGCGGGAGCGCCUGGACACUCCCACGGAGUGCAGGGACGCAGCAGCGGUUCUCGGCCUGACCUAUGGCUACACCGGUUCCUACUACAGAUGGCCACGAUACUGCUUCACCUACCGUGACCUGGUCUACUUCAACGAAGACGCAGUCAACUCUGCGGGCCGAAGCGAUGCCCGUUUGGUCUGCAAGCGCGUGGAGCCCACAACAACCACCACGACCACGACCAUCCUUUACGACAACGUCGUGAGCUACGUGAUCGGUGCCCCAGGUUUCGAUUGUGCGGAAGGCCACGUGGUCACCACGCACGUGGAGUGCGCAAGCAGUGAACUGAUCACUCAGACGGGGAUCCAUUUCUCAAACUGGGCCUCCACCAACCAAAUGCAGUUCGGCUGCAUGUACUCCAGUACUCUGCACGCCCUGUUCUUCAACUACUUCGAGGGCGGCAGCGUAGACUACGACUACUCUCCAGUUUGCAAAACCGAGACGAAUCCAGUGGUUCGCCACUUCGACUUGGGCGACUUCGACACCAACAUGUGUCGCCAUGGGCAGCCAAUUGAUGACUCAGAGCUUUGCCGCGAGUCCGCUGCCUCUUUUGGCGAGGUCUUCUCCACGAGCGGAAGUUAUUCUGGCUACCCCAUGGGCUGCUUCAAGUUCUUGAAUGGACAUUUCUACGGCAGCAGCACUCCGUUCUUCGCAGAGAGCACUGCGGGAAGGUAUGUUCCAAGAGCGGUUUUUGCGGGCUACGAUGCCGACAGGCUGAACUCUCUUUCAGCGACCGGCCAAUUUGCUCCGACCUCCGUGCUAGUCGGUGGCAAGAUGGGUCCCGACUUCGCGAGUGGUGAGGAGGAUAACGGCUACCGGGAGGAGAUCAUGGAAGGCAUCCGCCAGCAGAUGGAGAAAGCUGACUUCGUGGAGGGAUUUCUGCUGACAAACGAUUCCGGCGAAGGUCUGGCACUGAGCGGAAUGACGAGCAAGCUUCUCUCGGAUCUCAGUUGCUCGUAUGGGAAGCAAGCAAAGAUGACCUUGACUUGCGUACCCGAUCUCAAGGCUGAGAAAAUGCCCCUCGUGAGCUCGGCGCUGCUUUGCCCAUCACUGCUGGAGUUUGCGGAACUCGUCAACUUCUACGACCAUGCCUCGCUGCGUGCGGCCAUGAAGCCAUCUGAACAGCCCUCGGGUGUGGUCGCCCGAGUCUUCAGCGGCAUGACGGGCCCUAUGCGCUUUGGGAGGUCAGUCUCUGCUUACCAGGGCUCUCGCCUGUCUUCUUUGAACGCCAUCCAGGUCAACCUCGUCUGCUACCCUCGAAUCCACUUCGCUCUGCCGGGUAUUGCCUGUGGCAGCAGCGAGGAUGGUGGCUACGGCGCCGCAGCAAAGGCGCUGACGGCUCCUCUCUGUACCGUCGAGAAGAGCAAGAGCAUCGCUUUCGCCCUCAUGGGCCGUGGUGCAGAGCAGUCUUGCCUGAUUUCCCGGGCAGCGGCAUACAAGCUGAGCAAGGAGUGCGACUUUGUGGACUAUUGCCCAACAGGGUUUGCCAUCAGCACCUUCAAGGACAAGAAGAGCGAGGAGGCCGAAAUCGUGGCCCUUCAGAACACCACGGCCGUGGGCCAGGUCUUUAAGAAGAUUCUUCUUGACGGCUUAGACUGCGAGACGUCACCAAACCCAUUUGUUGCAGAGGGCGACAGGGGAGAGAGCAUGAUCAAUGAGACACGCGAGAACCUGGCGGCGCUGAUGUCGGACUACGAUGAGAUCGCGGAGGACUACAAGCUUGAG